AUGGCGCGUGUCUACGCCGAUGUCAACGCGCAGAUGCCCCGUUCCUACUGGGACUAUGACAGUGUUGUGAUCUCCUGGGGUGUAUUGGAAAACUACGAAAUUGUGAAGAAGAUUGGUCGUGGGAAAUACAGUGAGGUUUUCGAGGGAAUUAAUGUCGCAAACUACCAGAAAUGCGUCAUCAAAGUACUCAAGCCAGUAAAAAAGAAGAAAAUAAAGAGAGAGAUCAAAAUCUUGCAGAAUUUGUCAGGUGGUCCGAAUAUUGUCGCGUUGCUGGAUGUGGUCAGAGACAGUCAGUCAAAAACACCGAGUCUGAUAUUCGAGAAUGUCAACAACACAGACUUCCGCACGCUAUACCCUCGCUUUGUGGACUACGAUGUGCGAUACUACAUCUUUGAGUUGCUGAAAGCACUCGACUUCUGCCACAGCAAGGGCAUUAUGCAUAGAGAUGUCAAACCUCAUAACGUUAUGAUCGACCAUGAAAAGCGGAAGCUCCGCUUGAUUGAUUGGGGUCUGGCAGAAUUCUACCACGCCGGCACUGAAUACAACGUGAGAGUCGCAUCGCGAUAUUUCAAAGGCCCAGAGCUGCUAGUAGACUACCAGGAAUACGACUACUCACUGGACAUGUGGUCACUAGGGGCCAUGUUUGCUUCCAUGAUCUUCCGCAAAGAGCCCUUCUUCCAUGGAAACAGCAACUCAGAUCAGCUUGUAAAGAUUGCCAAAGUACUUGGCACGGACGACCUCUUCGAAUAUCUCGACAAAUAUGACAUCGAGCUUGACCAGCAAUACGACGACAUACUUAGCAGGUUUCCCAAAAAGAGCUGGCAAAGCUUUGUCAACAACGAUAAUCAACGGUUUGUCAGCGCGGAAGCCAUUGACUUUCUGGACAAAUUGUUGAAAUAUGACCAUCAGGAGCGACUCACCGCACAGGAAGCCAUGGCUCAUCCUUACUUCGUCCCAGUCAGGAACAGUGCUGCGCAACAGAACCACGCUGGAUGA